AUGGGGAAGAAGCAAAAAUGGAGCUGGAAAUCGGCACUCGUCGGGGCGGCAGCGGCGACGGCAACUGCAGCGGUUGUCUUGGGAAGGCCCAGGGAUCCCUCCUUCGAUCUGCUAUCACUCAGGCUUUCGUCCUUGAAGCUCAACCCACCUGACCUCGAAGCCGAGCUCAACCUUGCCGUACACGUCAAGAACCCCAACAUCACCCACGUCAACUACUCUUCUGCAAACAUUCCCAUCUACUACCAUGGCGCGAUUCUGGGCUUCGCUCAAGUACACGCGGGCACCCAGCGCCCCAAGUCAUGUCAGGUGCUCAGGCUCCGGGCACGACUGCACGGUCUGGAGCUGGCCCAGCACUCGCCUCAGUUAUUGGCCGAUGUGGCCCGACGGGAAAUGGUGCUCGAUGCGGCGGGGGAGGUCGGAGGUACGGCGAAUCUGCUGUGGUGGGGCACCAGGUUUAAGCUCCAUGUGGAGAGUCACCUUGUUGUUGAUCCGGUUUCUCUCGAUGUCGUAGACCAGGAAAAUAGAUCGGAGAUAGAACUGUUUACUGCUUAG